GGAUACACAGCUUUACAUUAUGCUGCUGGGAGGGGAUAUCUACAGAUCACAAGAUGUCUGGUAGAACAAGGAGGUGCCAGUCCCUUGAUUAAAUCACAUGAGGGUAAGACUCCAUACGAUCUAGCAGCAAAAGAAGAAAAGGGGCAGUAUAAGGAAGUGAUGGAAUACUUACAGGAACUAUCAAAUCCAAUUUUGACCAAACUCAGACAGUUAAAUAGAAAUGAGUUCCAGGAUCUUGUAGCUCUCGGAACAUUUGCUUCCUAUGAAAACAGGGUUUAUUUGUCUGGGCCUUGUAACAUUGGGAAAUCGUCGCUUGCAAGUAUUCUUAUCGGCGAGGAAAUUCCAAAGACGUGGUUUUCAACUGAUGGACUAAUUAUUCAUUUUGGAAGAAAUGGCAUCGACUUGCAACAACGAAAGAUGAUUCCAUUGGAAAAAGGUAGUGGUGAUGUUUUAGCAAAACUACUUCUCGGGAAUCCAGAAUUAAAGAAACAACCAAGUCUGCAAGAUGAGAGUAUAGAAAAAAAUCCAGGUGAUCCAAAGUCUAAUGUUAAAACAAAGGGAAAUCAAUUAAAUCUAUCGAAUGUAAAUCUGGGUCCUUCAAACCAGGAACAUGUGUCACCGAAAUCCAAUAAGGAGACAUCAAAAAACUUCAAGGAACCACCAAUCCAUACUGCACAUUCCAUUCAAGAUGACUUAUUGGAGAAGAUUAAGAAAGGUACAAAUAUCAUGAAUAUAGCACCAUCAGAUCUGGUCGAUUUUGGUGGACAAAAAUCAUUUGAUAUGACCCAUCAGUUAUUUAUCCAGCACAGGGGAACGUUCAUUCUGAUGUUUGAUGGACGUAAAGGUCUUUAUACAGAGUUAGGAGAAUACCCACAAGGAGAUGUUACAGCAGCAUGUAAGUUGCUUUGA